GCUGACCACUUUCGGAGGUUUGUGGUCGGUUUAAUUGGUCUCGCCUCUCCCGCCCAUCAAAUUCCCACAAAACCCAAUCUAAUGAUUGUCCUUUCUUGUCUCCCCCUUCCCCCUUUUGCUUUGCUUGCAGAAACCCUAGCCUAAUAGUUGAGCAAACCCACCGGGGAAGGAAUCUUCUUCUUCUUCAUCUUCAUCUCAUUCAAUAGCUAAAGCUUCAAAGCUGGGCAUCUCCCUUCCAGGCUGCUUUUUGACCGUUGCUGAUGCUGCUGAUGCUUUAACCGACAAUCAGCUCUCCCUCGCUUCACCUUUUUACUGGUUAUUUUCUGCAGCGCUCUGCUUGGGAUUGGGGAGUAGUGUUUUUGAAUGGCGAUGGAGAAUCCUGAAGAUUUGGAGCGUGUGAGGAUUAUGGACAACAUCCUCGAUGGUUUGGACUCGUGCAUGCAAGAUAUCACUGAUUGGCUUACGGUCUCGAGAAUGGUGAGCGAUUCAGUGAUAAAAGGCAUGGUGGGUGCUGUGGAGCAAGAGGCUGCCGGUAGGAUUGCUCAGAAAGAAUCAGAGAUUAGUAAGUUGAAAGAGAGGUUGCUUUCUUACAACUUGACCACCGCUGAAUAUGGAGUUUGAAUGUCUUCUAAGCAAACAAGUAUAGCAGGAAGCACACAGUCUAAGUCAAAUCUAGGCCUUUCAGUCAGGUCACUGGAGGAUGACAGAUUUAGGGAUCUUCUGGUGAGUUGUAAAACUGAGGCUGGGAAGCAGUUGACUGAGCUCAAGGGACUAAUACACACUAUCGAGCGCAGAAAUUCGUUUGACAGCAUUAAUCCGGGGUUAAAGUUGGCACUGGGGAAGGUUCCUGACAGAUGGAUUGAUAUCGAUAGUAGAGUCGACGGUCUGCAGACGAUGCUAGACUUUUUCUUCAAUCGGGUGAGCAACAUGGUUUGCUUGUCCAGGUCAUCAUUUUCCAUGUGGCAGGAGGAGAAGGAGUUUCAAGCUGAAGUUGAGGCAAUGGUUAUCGCUAUCUACUUUAGAAGUCUCCAGGAUGAGUUUGGGGAGCGUCGAAAUUCUUGUGUUUGUGUUAAUGAAAAUAUCGAUUUCCUAAAAAAGAAGAAGGGAGAACUUUCUAGUUUGCGACAAGAAUUAGAUGGUUUAAACAAACUACUUGCUGCUCCUGAUGCUGGACAUAUAACUUCUCAUGGAUCCAUGGAGAUCGGUGAAGAAUGUGGCAACGGUGGUAGCGGUAAAGUAACUGAUCCUCUUCAUCUUCAUCGCAAGCUAUCAGGUAGUCAUGUUUUUUCCUGUCCUCUUGGUGAAGUGAAUGGCCAGCAUGAGGAGUUGACAAUUGCUAUGUCUGAGGAUAUAGACCGUGAAGAAUAUUUUCGACUCAAGAAGGAGUACUGGAAGUUGAGGGAGCGGGGUUCUUCCUUGCUUUUGAAGAAGGAUAAGGACCUUGAUGGUUUAAAGAGAAAGAUCCCGGAGGUCAUCUUGAAGUUGGAUGAGAUUUUGGAGGAAAGUGACACCGUCCCUUCUUUCAGUGGUGAUGUUGAAGGAUUCUGCAAUGUGAAGGAGAGACUAGACGCGCUUCUUUUAGAAAACGGCCAGCUCAAGGAUAUGCUUGACAACAAGAAGAGGGAGAUUGAGCGUCUUUCUGCAGAGGUUUCUGAUGCUGGUGAGAAAAUAUUUGGCUAUUCACCGGCUGAGGCUAAUCUGCAGGAGGUGAUAGGAAAGCUUAAACAAGAAAAAGAAGAGGUAUGCAUCAAAGCCACAAUUCGCGAGGAGGUAUACCAGUGUUUUCUGCGAAUGCUGCCAACUGAUAUAAGUUGCAUUGAUGAUAUUUGCACGGAGUCUGACCACAGAAAAGUGAUUUGUGAAAAUUCAUGUGGAGAAGCCGUCUCUGAUGGUCAAAAUAGCAGUGAGUCCGAGAUUGAAAAUCUCUAUUUUGAGUCUGUCAUCUCGCAGGAGUUGAUGGGGUUUGUAUUUCUUCAGGCCCUGAAAGAAGCUAAGGAGAAAUUUGAUUGUUUGAGUAAUGAAUGUAUCUAUGAAUGUAUCUAUGAAAAGGUCGUUCGAGCCUCUUUUGAAGAGAAAGCACUGGAGAAAGCAGAAUUAGCACAAUUGGAGGCUGUAGAGAACCAGAGGUUAAAAGAAGAGAUGCUACAGCUGGCAGCAUCAGUGAAACAAAAGGAAAGAUUAGCAGAGGAAAUAGGAAAUCAAUUGGCCAGAAAGAGGGAGCUGCUUGAUCAAGCCAAUCAAGAACUGGAAGGGUUAAGGGAUGAAACAAGGCGAAAGACUGUUUUAUUGCAGAGAUAUAAAAAAUCAGAAGCGAUAAGAAGUGAUUUGGAUCAAGCGUUGGGGAAAAUUAAACUGCGUGAAAAGGACUCUUGCAUGCUAAAUCAGAAACUUGAUUUGGCUAUGGAAGAGUUGAACAGGACAGAGGAAGAAAACAAGCUGCUCCUGCUUGUGUGCAAGAAGCAAAUGGAAUCAGUUAUGGAAGUUUCUCAUGGGAUAAUGAAAUCAAUAGCCGAGUUAGAAAACAGAGCAAUUUUAGAUAUUAAGAGGAAUCAAUCGAGGUUGCAUUUGUUGGGAUCCGAGCUGAAUUGCCUCACUCGGGAUGCUAAAUUACUCAAAUUGUCGUACAAGCAGAGACUUGAGAAGAAAUGUUUGGAUCUUGAAAAGGCAGAAAAGGAGGUUGAUCUAUUAGGAGAUGAGGUGGAGAAUCAAUUGAGCUUGCUGGAGAAGAUAUAUAUUGCACUUGAUCAUUAUUCCCCGAUAUUGAAACAUUAUCCCGGGGUUAUGGAGAUCCUGAAGCUAGUUAAGGGAGAGUUGAGUGGGGAGUCUCUGAAAAGGAACGACCUCUGAAGUCCUUUCCAAGCAAGGUAACAGCCCGCCGCUCUAAAGAAAAACCGGGCGAGGGGGAGAGCAAGCUAUACAUACGUAAUAUAUGGUGCAUCUGAAUUUGUUAAGUAAGCCUUUGUACAUAUAUCAUCUGUGUUUUUGUCCCCCUGUACAUUUACAGAUAGAGUAGGGUUCCUUGCAAUGUUUUUGGUUCUGAGCGGUAAAGGUUUUGUCUGUAUUUAGGUGCUCGGCUCGACUACUUGUAGGUGUUUGAUUUUGUAGUGCAGGUACAGUUUUGUUUUGUAUUCUCACGCCGCGAAGUAUUGGUUUCAUGCAUGGGAUAGGUUUUUUGUUUGUUCGA